AUGAAUCAAUGCGCGCGUUGCCUAGGUGCCGUGGCCGUGGUUCUCUCCAUCGCCAUGGUGCUGGCGGGCUUCAGCCAGCGCGUGGCGCCCGCACCCCGUGCUGCACGGAUGGGGCCGACGGCGGGGAACGGGGGUGUGGGAGGGGCAGUGACGCGAGGGAGGGAGAGAGGUGAGGAGAGGGAGGGAGGAAGCGAGGCGGGGAGGGACGGGGAGGGCGGCGACGAGUGGUCGCUAGGCAGCGACGAGCGCUUCCUUGUGUACGCGUCGCACAGCGGCUUCAACAACCAGGUGCUAGGCUUCACGCGCGCGCUGCACAUGGCGGCGCUGCUGAACCGCACGCUCGUCAUCCCACCCAAGCUGCCACACAUGUCGGGCGCGGGCGGCAACCUGGACCCGGCCACCUUCCGCGACUCCGCGUGGGCCGUGUACUCGCGCCACCUGCUGCGCGCCGACUACGUGUUGAUGGCGGACGUGCUGCAAGUGGCGGCCAUACCGCCUGCUGUGGUGCGCACCAUCGACCUGCGCCACCUCGUCACUCGCCUCUGCGCCUGUGACGUCGCCGUGCCGUGCUGGACGGCCUCGUGCCACGGGCUCACGCGCAAAACCACGUCCUCGCACCAGGUAAUCAUGCCUGCCUCGCUGUGCCUCGCCCACCCGCCACAAGCACGUGCGCUGCAGCACUCACCACUGUGCUUGUCCGGCUGGCUUGCCUGGGCGCACCAGCAUGAGCAUGCGGUGAACGGGUGUGAGCUGCUGCCGUGUGCUCAGUGCAGGCGAGCGCGCCUCACCACCUGUCUGCAUGCUGCUUCCCCAUAUGCCCCAUCCUGCCAGGCGCGCGUGCGCUGCCUCCAGCAGUGCGGGGCAAGGUUGGGGGCGGCGCCCCUGCCGCGCGCGGGGCUGGGGGGCGUGGUGGACGCGGUGUGGGGCGCCGUGCAUGGGGCAUGGGGCGGAGGGGGUGAGGUGGCCUCCGCGUGGGAGGCGCAAGGCCUGCUGUACCGUGUCCCCCACAUGUGUAAUAAGACCUUGUGGACAAUCGGCAACUAUUCCAGGGCGCAACUCCGUCCGUGCGCCAAUCACCGUGCACAACCCGCGUGCUUGCACGCGCCCCUCCUGUGCGCGCAUGUGUUUGCAGCCUGCAUGCCACGCGUGCGACGGUGGGUGAGAGGACAGCCGAUGGGGCUGUGCAUGAACACGGACUUGAACGAGUAUCUGCCCAAGCCCACGCCGCUGCACCGCCUGCUGCUGCCGCACACUGCCAAGGUGAUGGCGUUUGGCUCCAUGUUCCGCACACCCAUCGCUGAUAUUCGCCUCGACUCUGGCCCUCGCGUCAAGCGAAUACGAGAGGCCUCCCUGCCUUUCUUCUUGCAGCUUAUAGUGGACGCAGCUGUGGAGUUUGUGAGGGAGCACUUGCGGCGGCCGUAUGCAUGUGUGCACGUGCGGGGCACGGAGCCGCCGUACAACACGAAACUGAACGCCACACUGCGGUAUGCGGGGAUGAAAGCAUCAUCCGUGUGGGCGUCCAUGUCAACGCCACUCUUGCCUGCUACUCUCCACUCUCUCACCUCCACAUCAACCAUGCACGCACGCAUGUCCAUGUCGCCACUCCGCGUGCUCGUUCCUCUCCCCCCCCUCCCCCCCCGGCCCAGCAUAGCAGAGGCAUCCCUUGCGGGCAUUGUGCGGCGGCAUGGCAGCGUGGCAGGGGAUGGGUUGCCUGUGUUCCUCAUGACGGACCUGGACCGCGUCACCUGGCACGCACUGCUGCUGCCGCACGUCGCUGCACUGGUAGGGGGGCACAGCAUGAAAGCGUGCACAGGGGGAUCCCCCUGGCAGGCUCCUUUUGGAGGCCGUGGCAGCACGGCGCCGCCCACUCGCACGCAUGCGCGCACCUCCCACUGCCUGGGUUGGGAACAGGUGUAG